AUGUCUACAUCGAGCCUCAAGUAUACCUCCAAGCUCGCCAACCAACGAGUUCUCAUCUUCGGUGGCAGCUCAGGACUCGGCUUCGCUGUCGCUGAAGCCGCCCUUGAAUAUGGUGCCCAUAUCAUCCUUUCCAGCUCUAACCAAAGCAAGCUCGACAUCGCCGUCAACAGCCUAAAAGCAACUUAUCCCAGUCAAACCGCAACGCAAACUGUCAUCACUCACGUCUGUGAUCUCUCCGACGUUGCCAACCUCGAUACAAACCUCGAGAGUCUUUUUAAAGCUGCCACAGCCAAUGGCACGCACAAACUGAAUCACAUAAUCUCCACAGCUGGUGGUCCAGUCAAUACGCCUUCACCAAACGAUAUACACGCGCACGGUGUCUACAGCGCUAUGAAUUUGCGUCUCGUCGCCCCGGCCGUGAUGGCAAAGUUUAUCCCCAAGUAUAUGGAGCCAUCGCCGUUAAGCUCGCUUACUUUGACUGGUGGUGUAAUAGGCCGCAAGCCCUCACCGGGUUGGUCUGUUAUUACGGCUGGUACUUCUGGUAUUGAGGGGCUUGCGCGUAGAUUGGCGCUGGAGCUGGCGCCUGUGCGUGUUAACACAGUUGCUCCAGGUGCUGUGAACACGGAACUUUGGGAUUCGUUUCCCAAGGAAAUUGUGGGGCCGGCGCUGCAGUGGUUUAAAGACCAGUCAACCACUGGAACUAUUGGUGGGCCGGAGGAUCUAGCGGAGAGCUAUAUCUACUUGAUGCGGGAUCACUUCAUAACGGGGUCAGUGAUUGAGUCAAAUGGCGGACUUUUAUUGAAGUAG